UGCCAGAGGGAGUUUCGAAACGCUAAAGUAUCCACUUUGUUCUUCUCUUAUGUCGGUGGCAGGUAGGCGGGACCAGAGAAGAGAGAAAAGGAGGAGCUGGAGUUGGAAGGACCACAUCACUGAGAUUCAGCCUACACUGAAAUCUACUUCCCUGGACAGUUCCCCACGUGGACACAGCUUCCCCAAGAACAGGGAAAUCCUAGUGAUCCUUUAGGAAGACAGACAGCCAGAUCGAGCCAGAGAAAGCUUUCUUAGUAGCCUGGGGCACCACUCCUAGAUGUUUUUAAAAAGACGUAAAUGUGAUGUCAUGCCCGUUGUUUUGGUACGAUCGACCAAUAGGACUCACCUCCUGGAUUCUACAGGAGCCGGGAUGGGCCCUUCCUCUCACCAGCAGCAGGACUCCCCUCUCUCUACCAUAACGCAUUGCGCAGGGUGCACCACCGCCAGGUCUCCCUGCAGCUUUAAUAGUUCUGAUAUGGAAACCUCAUUGCAGUUGCAGCGAGGCUUCUUUCCCGAGCAGCAGCAACAGCAGCAAAACCAGCAACAGCCGCAGCAGCAGACGCAAGACAAACCGUGCCUCUCCUUUCAGCAGCACUCAAAGCAGCAUUACUAUCACCACCAGCAGCAGCAGCAGCAGCAGCAGCAACAGCCGCCGCCACAGAUACACCAGUGGCAACCGGGCAGUAGCGGCAGUAGCUCAUGCCUUCAGUGCAACAGCUGCGCCUCCUCCAGCGCCCAGGUGGCGGGGGGAAGGGUAGGGGAUAAUCUGCCUCUGCUGCUCCGCACCUCAUCACCCGGCAGCGUUUUUGGAACCCGCAACUCCUCGCCUGUUUCCACCUCAUCCUGCUGCUGCUGUUCUUCUCGGAGGGGCAGCCAGCUCAAUGUGAGUGAGCUGAAUCCAUCUAGCCAUGCCAGUGUCCCCAGGAAGCAGCAACAGCAGUUCCCACAGUAUCAAUACCCUUCCCAGUACCACCAGUGCAGCUUGCAGCAGGCUGCCAGCCCCACUAGCAGCCUCAGAAGCAGCGGCGGUGGCAGCGGGCACCUCCACCACCAUCGCCAUCACCACCACCACCAGCAGCAGCUACAGCAGGUUCGCCGGGAAAGCAACCCCUUCACUGAAAUAGCCAUGAGCAGCUGCAGGUACAACGGAGGAGUGAUGCGUCCACUCAGCAACUUAAGCUCCUCCCGCAGGAACCUGCAUGAGAUGGACUCAGAGUCUCAGCCCCUGCAGCCCUCAGCUUCUGGAGGAUGUAGAUCUAAUUCCCCAGCUGCAGUGGUUCCUCCUCCUCCUGCUGCCCCCUCUUCCUCAGCCCCGGAGAUAGUAGUGUCCAAGCCCGAGCACAAUAACUCUAACAAUCUAGCGCUGUAUGGGAGUGGUGGUGGUGGUGGUGGUGGUAGUGGAGGAGGAGAUGGAGGAGGUGGAGGUGGAGGUGGGAGAAGCCCCGGACCGGGCAGCAGCAGCGGGACCAAGUCUAGCAAGAAGAAAAACCAGAACAUAGGUUACAGGCUAGGCCUUCGGAGAGCCUUGUUUGAGAAGAGAAAGCGGCUCAGCGACUACGCUCUCAUCUUCGGCAUGUUCGGGAUUGUGGUCAUGGUCAUUGAGACUGAGCUGUCCUGGGGCGCCUAUGACAAGGCAUCCCUAUACUCCCUAGCUCUGAAAUGCCUUAUCAGCCUCUCUACAAUUAUCCUGCUUGGUCUUAUUAUUGUGUAUCACGCCAGAGAGAUCCAGUUGUUCAUGGUGGACAAUGGAGCAGAUGACUGGAGAAUAGCCAUGACUUAUGAACGUAUUUUUUUCAUCUGUUUGGAAAUACUGGUGUGUGCUAUUCAUCCCAUACCUGGGAAUUAUACCUUCACAUGGACAGCCCGGCUUGCCUUCUCCUAUACCUCAUCCACAACAACUGCUGAUGUGGAUAUCAUUUUGUCUAUACCAAUGUUCUUAAGACUCUAUCUUAUUGCCAGAGUUAUGCUUUUACAUAGCAAACUUUUCACUGAUGCCUCCUCUAGAAGCAUUGGAGCUCUUAAUAAAAUAAACUUCAAUACGCGUUUUGUUAUGAAGACAUUAAUGACUAUAUGUCCAGGAACUGUAUUGCUGGUUUUUAGUAUCUCCUUAUGGAUAAUUGCUGCAUGGACUGUCCGAGCCUGUGAAAGGUACCAUGAUCAACAAGAUGUCACUAGCAAUUUCCUUGGAGCAAUGUGGUUGAUUUCAAUAACUUUCCUCUCCAUUGGUUAUGGUGACAUGGUACCUAAUACAUAUUGUGGAAAAGGAGUCUGUUUACUUACUGGAAUUAUGGGUGCUGGUUGCACUGCACUGGUGGUUGCUGUGGUUGCAAGGAAAUUAGAACUUACCAAAGCUGAAAAACAUGUGCAUAAUUUCAUGAUGGAUACCCAGCUAACCAAAAGAGUGAAAAAUGCAGCUGCCAAUGUACUCAGGGAAACAUGGCUAAUUUACAAAAAUACAAAGCUGGUAAAAAAAAUAGAUCAUUCAAGAGUAAGAAAACAUCAGCGUAAAUUCUUACAAGCAAUUCAUCAAUUAAGAAGCGUAAAAAUGGAACAAAGGAAACUAAAUGACCAAGCAAAUACAUUGGUGGACCUGGUCAAGACACAAAGCAUCAUGUAUGACAUGAUUUCUGAUUUAAAUGAAAGAAGUGAAGAAAUUGACAAGAGGGUAAUAACCCUGGAAAAUAAGUUAGAGUCUUUGAUUGGUAAUAUUCAAGCCCUUCCUGAACUGAUAAGUCAGACGAUCAGUAAACAACAACAAGAUUUCAUGGAAACACAGAUGCAAAACUACAACCAGAAUGCUGCCUACAGUGCAGAGCGGUCACGGUCCUUGACCCGAAGGAGGUCCUCCUCUACAGCGCCACCAACUUCAUCAGAGAGUAGCUAGAAGAGAAUAAGUUAACCACAAAAUAAAAGACUUUUUGCCAUCAUAUGGUCAAUAUUUUAGCUUUUAUUGUAAAGCCCUAUGGUUCUAAUCAGUGUUAUCUGGGUUCUGAUGUCAGAAUUCUGGGAACCUGAACACAAUGUUUUAGGCCAAAAUGAGUGAAAACUCUUUUUUUUUCUUUCAGAUACACAGGGAAUGCACCUAUUAUUACUAUAUAGAUUGUUCCUCCUGUAAUUCCACUAACUUUUUAUUCAUGCACUUCAAACUUUACUACUACAGUAUAUAAUAUAAUAAAAAGGUUAAUUUCUGCA